GCUUCCGUUCUUUAAACAAACUCUAAGCUAGCCAGCUCUCUCACUCUCUCUCUCACUACUGAGCUUACCGUCUUUUGAAGUUCUCAAAUGGCUAGUUGUACCCUGUUUCAACUUCUUGUUCUUCUAUCAAUCAUUGUAGCACCUACAAAUGCAAACGUAGAAGGGGAUGCUCUGCAUGCGUUGAGAAAAGCAGUGAAGGACCCAGGACUUGUUCUGGAAAGCUGGGAUCCUACCUUGGUGGAUCCAUGCACUUGGUUUCACGUCACCUGUGACAGCGAUAAUCGGGUUACCCGCAUAGACCUUGGGAAUGCAAAACUGUUGGGCAAUCUAGUACCUGAGCUGGGGAAACUCGAGCGUCUUCAGUACCUGGAGCUGUACAUGAAUGAGCUGGUGGGUCCUAUACCAAAGGAGCUUGGAAACCUGAGGAACCUGGUGAGCUUGGACCUCUACCACAAUAAUCUCACUGGGUCUAUCCCUGCUUCCCUCUCCAAGCUUUCCAGUCUCAAAUUCCUGAGACUGAACGGCAACAGACUGACUGGAAGGAUACCAAGGGAACUAACCAAACUUGGAAACCUCAAGAUCAUUGACGUGUCAGACAAUAAUUUGUGUGGCACAAUCCCUACUUCUGGCUCCUUCUCCAAGUUCUCGGAGGAAAGUUUUGUAAAUAACCCUAGCCUUGAAGGCCCAGAACUGAUGGGUUUUGUGAGAUACGAUGUAGGAGAAGGAAGCUGUCAAUGAUGCAUCGAAACGCCGUCGUUUCAACUUCCAUAUAUCGAGUCCGUUAAUGGGGAAGACCGCAUAUCUUUACUCGUAAAAUAUUGGCUGUCAUAGACCUAAUACUAAGAAAGCCGCUUUAAGUGGAGAGAAGAAUCUCCAAUGUUUGGCUGUCACUCUCAGCCACCUGUAUUUCAUUUUGCCUUUUAACCUGUAGAAUAUAGAUAUUCCCUGGUUCUCAA